ACGUUUCGAAACGUUCAAAAACCUGUCCACCAGCACUCGGUAUAGAAUCCGUGUCGCGCGAUCGACGCUCAUGCGGGAAAAAACCCAACGCGCCCGCAAACCGGUCCGAUUCGUGCGUAAAACCGUGUACGCCGUAGCGAUACCGAAUCGGCGCGGAAAAAAACCCAACGCGCCCGCAAACCGGUCCGAUUCGUGCGUAACACGGUGCUCGUCCAACGUGCGUACGUGUCGGUUUGAUUACGCGGAAAGUACGUGCAGUUUCGGCGGAUUUCAAGUUCUGGGUUUUUACAUGACGUUUUUAAUAGGAAUUUUCUCCGUAAGCCAUAAAGGUAAUUUUUAUAGGAUUUUUAAUUGGGUUUUAAACGAUUUUUAAUUGGUGUUUACGUGAUUCGUUUUGUGCGCAUAAUUGUUUACUUUAUCGCGACGUGACGCGCGAUAAGACUCGGCGUACAUGGUAUAAAACCGAGAGGGCGUCGUCGUUUUUCGUUCAGUGCGCUUCAGUGUGACGACUUCAGUGGCUCGACGUGCGCGCAUUUCGACAAGUCAACCGAUCGCUCCGGGCGCGCGCCGCUUCGAAAAUCGUGUACCCAUGUUUGUGCGCAUGUGUUAUUAGUUUUACGAGUUAUUCAAACGAGUGGGAGAAACACAAUGGAUACAACAGCAGCAGUGAUCACGGACAGCGAAGCGUUCGAUUUUUUGGAUUCGGUUACGAGCGAAUUGAUCACGACUCCGUCGUUUGACCACAACGCCGCCGCCGUCGACGAUAGCGUGUCGUUCGUUACGGACGAUUUUUUCGAAACUCAGAUAAUAUUCGAAACGUACCAAGCGCCGUCGUCGUCGUCGAAACCCAACGAUAAAUUGGAAAACCUUAUAAAAGAUUCGGAAUUGAUCGACGAAUUCGACGCCGUUGCGGAGUUUCCGUUUGUCGAAACAAAUAUAAAUACAAAUACGACUUUGGGCAAUAUACAGCAGUAUCCGCCAUCUAGAGGCAAAUCUAUGCAACGUACAAAAGAAUUGUACGAAGAGAGCGCAGCCAAAAACUGUUGUGCUGCUUUCUACGAUACCGAUGACGACGACGACGAUGAUGAUAUCGUUGCCGCCAAAGUGGACGGCAAUGACAGCGAUAGCACCACCACCAGCAGCAGCAGCAGCAGCAGUAGUAGUGACGGUAGCAGCAGUAGUAGUAGCAGUAGCAGCGAUAAUAGCAGUGACGACGACGACGGAGAAAUGUCUUCGCAAACACUUGUCGCGGUAGACCUGUUAAAAAAAAGAAUAUUGAAACGCGUCGAUGACGGUAAACGUCAAUUGUUUGAAAACAAGGAAAACAUUGGAGAUUUGUUGAACGUUGACUGGGGCGAUGACGACGAAGGCGAAGAAAAAGACCCGACGGCGGUGCUGGACGUCGUCGACGUUUCGAUUACGUCGAUCGUCGACGAGGCGCCUCGUCGACGUUCCAGUAGGUUGUUGUGCGGAUCUCUGGAUGUCGGGGUUCGCGUCGGAGAUACCGAUAACGAAUUGGCCAAAUACGAAUUCGUGGUCGACGAAUCCGCAACUCAAUCCGAAGACGAUUCGAUAAUGGUGCCGUUUCCGAACGUUUCGGAAUCCGAAAUGCGCGCCAAACACGCGGCAUUGUUAAAAAAAUACAAACCCAUUAAGGAUCCGAUGGACAGGCACGCACAGCUGAAGAAAUUUAUAAACGCCGACGUGCCGCCGACCAUGCGCGUGUCACAUUACAAAGGUUUGGAGAAUUUGGACGCCGACGGGUACGUAUCGUUGUACGAUAUAUUGACGCACGCGGAACGCGCAAUGAACGUCGAAUUGAAAAUCGCGCCUUCCGAUCUGGGCACCAUGUUGAAAUACAUGGACCGGAACAUGUAUGGGUUUCCGCAAGAGACACUACCGAUCGUAAACCACUCUAUUUACCCGAGAUCGUAUAAACUGCGUUACGGUUUCGUACCUUUGAUGUACAAUUCGCACGUCGAAGUGUUAAUUAGACGUUUGGUAAAAUCGCGAUCCAAAGAACCGUACGAUCUGUUCGAAGGCGAAUUGGAACUAAUGGUUAUGGCUUUGUGGCGGAUAUCGGUUCAGGAUUUGCGAUUUUACAACGAACGCGUCAAUCGCAAGAGCAAAAAAGACGUACUUUUGUAUCUGUAUCAUAAUUUUAAAAAGGCUUUUCGAUCCGUGUUGAAUGCAACGCCCGACGCGAAUAAAAUCGAUAGAUACGCCGAAAUUCGGGAAAUUUUAAAAUCGUAUAAACGGUACAUGUAUUUUUCCGACGAUCGGAAAAUUCAGACAAUGGCUCUGGUCGUAUUGAAGGAACUGAUGAUGUUCGUGUACAACAACAAUUGCGUGUCCGCUACGGAUGUGAAACUGUGGUCGGUGGUGUGUUUGGACUUGGGCGUGCAUCACGUCGCGUUCAGCCACACGUACAAUCAUCUGAUAAAAAAUCGCGUAAAUAUAUUCAAUUGGUUUGCUCAAAUGGUCGGCAUGUACGCGGAAACCCAACGGUCUCCGAACGAGUACAGCGUGUGGGACCGCUGUCUGCACGUCAACAAGAUAGCGUACGACGCCGACGUGUCGGUCGCGUACAAGAAACACUGUUCGGUCGACGGUCGAACCAACAAACGGACGAACAACGCGACUUUGGAUACCGUCAUCACCAAAAGAGACGUGCGGUCGAUGUUUCACAAAUUUUUCAAAACAAACGCGGACGUACCGUUGAAGUUGUUGAUCAAAUUGGACAAUUUUUUUAUGAUUUUCGCUCACUACUUUGUCCAAUACCUACGGGACACCGCGCUCGUGCACCAAAAAGAAAUCACGUUACGGAACAUCACUUGUUUUUUGAAAAUAUUCAAUCACGAUGUAUGGCCCAGAUAUUACGGAAAUCUGUUAAACGCAGUCGACGUAGCCGUCGAAAACGUAAAACGUAAACUGUGCGGCAGUUUUGUGGACUGUUUGAGAAACCAGCAGAAACGAUAUUGCAAUUUCGACGCGAAUCAGAUUUCAAUUGAUCCGGCGGUCGGACGGGUGCUGGUAGAUUUGGGUUUCGACGUUUUACUCUGGAUACUCGGACCCGUUUUGGCGCAAAACGGAAAUUCUGUACGCAUCAGUGCACCGGCGUGUGCCGGCAUUUUCAUAAAACGGUUGGAAACGUUUGAAACGCAACACGUUUUGCUCAAUAAAAAAAUACCGUUCCGUCUGGACUACCCGGAAUGGUUGACCGGUGGUACCGCGAACGACGAUUGCGAUUACGAUGAAAAACUGGAUAAUUCCGCCUAUUACGACGAACGCGGUGCGUUUAUGUUUCCCGAACGGUCGGAUUCGGAUUUGUUUCGAAACGACGAGACCGAUGACGACGACGACGACGGCUGUGAGUUGAGCGGCGAGAACCGUGACGUGGUAGAUUUAGGAAUCCCUGAAGGAGAAAUGUCCGAUUUCAACGAUAGUGACAGCGAAACAGACGUUUGUGAUACGUAUCAAGACCGUUUGGACAAGGACGAUUUAUUGAACGCGCUGUUGAAGCGCCAGAAACAAGAACGGAUGAUGAUCGAUUCCGGAACGCCGUCGGACGCGGACCUGGAACGUUUGCGUGCGGACAUUGACGAGCUCAAGAAAUCGUUACGCGUAAAAGACCACGAAAUCAACGUAAAGGAAACGGUCGGCGCUAUCAAGAGAAAACGCAUGGAAACCGAACUGAUGGUGAUCGACGGAGAAUACAGCGAGGUUUUGUUUGACGCCGGCAUAGUUCCAAAAGAUAUCGCGAAAUACCUGAACCGAACUCCGUUUGUGAAACCGCCAAAACGUCAGAAACUGUGCGACGAUACCACCACCACCACCACCAACGUCGCCGUUUCCCAGAACUCUAUUCGAUCGUCGUCGCAACAGCGUCGUGACGAUAACAAACGUCGUAGAUCCGUCACGUCGAACAAUUUACGAAAAUACUUGUUGACCGGUGACGAGGUUUACAAGGUCGUGGACGGUAUACGGACUUUUGGGCUCGUUACAAACGUGGCGUUGAACCGGAACAAACGGAGCACUCGCGGUUGCAAUCUGUGCGAUGUGCCCAAAAGCGGUACGCUGAACAUGCGGAUCAGCGAAACCUAUGCGGUCAGCGCUUGCGUGCCGUGCGCGGAAAAAAUAAAAACCUUGUUGGUCGAAGGCGUCGUUGAAUUCGAUUACGUACAACGGUUUCUGACAACCCGUAUAGACUGUCGGUACAAAGCUCCAUUGUUGUUUGAUGCUCGCGGAAAAAUGUUUACCGAAAUGACGCCCAAGAUCGAGUCGACGAAAGACAUGUACGUGUUUACGUAUAACAAAUUGGACAAAAAUUUCGGAAAGCGCGUUCCGUUGAAGUCGGUAUUUGAAGAUUUGUGCAAACGUUACAACUGGGACGUACCGAUGACGGACAGAAAAAAAUCUAAAAGAAAAUCAGCACCGGCGUCGACGACGCGAUGAGCGAACGCGCUCAGCGUCGAUCGUGAAAAUAAUAAAUCAGUCAUUGUUCUCGUUACGAUUUAGUAUUUUCACGAUCGACACUGGGACGGGUGCGCGCCGAAUUUUUCACUAUACAAUUUUACAUGUUCCAUAUAUAUAUUAUAUUAUCUAUUUAAAUUUU